AGAGACAGAGAGACAGAGAGCGAGAGAGACAGAGAGAGAGCAGAGAGAGAGCAGAAAAAGAGAGACAGAAAAGAGAGAAAGCAUGAUGAGAGAAUUACGCCAGACAGCAGUACCGACAGCAGUACAGACAGCAGUACCGACGACAGUACAGACAGCAGUACAGACAGCAGUACCAACGACAGUGCAGACAGCAGUACCGACGACAGUACAGACAGCAGUACAGACAGCAGUACAGACGACAGUACAGACAGCAGUACCAACGACAGUACAGACAGCAGUACCGACAGCAGUACAGACAGCAGUACCGACGACAGUUCAGACAGCAGUACAGACAGCAGUACAGACAGCAGUACCGACGACAGUUCAGACAGCAGUACAGACAGCAGUACAGACAGCAGUACCGACGACAGUUCAGACAGCAGUACAGACAGCAGUACCAACGACAGUGCAGACAGCAGUACCGACGACAGUACAGACAGCAGUACAGACAGCAGUACAGACGACAGUACAGACAGCAGUACCAACGACAGUACAGACAGCAGUACCAACGACAGUACAGACAGCAGUACCAACGACAGUACAGACAACAGUACCGACAGCAGUACAGGUUCCCUGCAAUGA